AAAGCGGUAGGACUUGAUACUGCUACGAGAGGCGGCCUAGCCGAGAGCACAGGUAGCCCCCCCGCCUGGCACAGCACAGGCGGCCCGGCGUUUGCGUGCGUGCGGAGGAGGCGAUAUGGCGCAGUCGAUGCUCGUGUCCGGCGCCAAUGGCACGGUGGCCGCGGCCAGCAGCAGGCUGCAGGCCGUGCGCGCGACGGCGCCGUUCUCGCGGCUCGUCCUGUCGUCGUCGGCGGCGUCGCGGCCGUCGCGGCGCGCGGUGUCCGUCAAGACGCUGGCGCUGUUCGGCAAAUCCAAGGCCAAGGCCGCGCCCGCAAGAAAGGCUGAGCCGAAGCCCAAGUUCAAGACCGAGGACGGCAUCUUCGGCACGUCCGGUGGGAUCGGUUUCACCAAGGAGAACGAGCUGUUCGUCGGCCGUGUUGCCAUGCUUGGAUUUGCCGCGUCGAUCCUGGGGGAGGCCAUCACCGGGAAGGGCAUCCUGGCGCAGCUGAACCUCGAGACGGGCAUCCCGAUCUACGAGGCGGAGCCCCUCCUCCUCUUCUUCAUCCUCUUCACCCUCCUCGGCGCCAUCGGCGCGCUCGGCGACCGCGGCAGCUUCGUCGACGACCCGCCGACGGGGCUCGACAAGGCCGUCAUCGCCCCCGGCAAGGGCUUCCGCGCCGCGCUGGGGCUCAGCGAGGACGGCCCGCUGUUCGGCUUCACCAAGGCCAACGAGCUGUUCGUCGGCCGGCUGGCGCAGCUCGGCAUCGCCUUCUCCAUCAUCGGCGAGAUCAUCACCGGCAAGGGCGCCCUCGCGCAGCUCAACAUCGAGACCGGCGUCCCCAUCAACGAGAUCGAGCCGCUCGUCAUAUUCAACGUCCUCUUCUUCUUCGUCGCCGCCAUCAACCCCGGCACCGGCAAGUUCGUCAUCGGCGAAGACGAAGAGUAGAAACGCACCAGUAUCAAUCGCUCGAGCAAGCACCGCGAUUGUUGCUUCGCGUGUGCCCGCCAUUGUUGUGCUUCCUUCGAGUGUAUGUACGUACGUCCGUAGGUGUAAAGACGUACCGUAUUUAAUUAGUUGUUAAUUCAUGUACGUGGAGAAAAUUAACGUGAGAUUUAGCCAUUUGCUGAGAUC